AUGAGUAAUUCUUAUCUUACACUUGGAUUCGAUGCAACAACACAAGAAGGUGUUCAUAUCAACACAGUUCAUCUGACAUAUAAAAACAACUGUCAGGUCAUUGCUCUGGACCAGUUACCAGUUGGAACAGCUGUUCAUCAUGAAAGCCAUAUAUGUGUUAUUCAAUCUGAAAACUUGUAUUUACCUGAAGCUGUAGCUGAAACUAUUAUUAAACCUAAUAUCGGCCAAAAUUAUCGAUUGCUGCAUUUAAACAAUGCUGGUCGAAAACCAAAACCAAAUGUUGGAAGGCCAGGAACUUUUAAAAGAUGGACACAAUUUACCCUUAAUCUGUUUCUUGAAUCUUUGCCUUUACCAUUGAAACAAGAUCAAUUAUCUGAUAAUGAUUGUCAGCAUUCUUUUUGUAGCCUAUGCAUUAUAUUGCUUAUUAAAGGUAAACUAGAAAAGGAAGCAAAAUGUCCUAUAUGUUCAAGUUUUAUCAUGGUUAAUAGCCUUUGCAGUUCUGUAUAUGUAUUGGAAAUGAUAAAACAUUCAUAUAUUGCAUGCAAACUUUGUAAAAAAAAAGUUCUUUUCAAGGACACAUAUGAGGUUCAUGAUUGCCAAAAAGAUCAUUUAAAAAGCAAGCACAGCACAAUCAUUGAUGAUUUCUAUAAAGUCAAUAAAUCAAGUGAUGUUCCUCAAAAUACCGAAGCUGCAGUUGUGCAUGUGAUUAAGCAAAAACUUGAGCAUUCAAAAACAACAACAAUAGAGUUUUUAUCUGGUGGGCCAAGACCUCUUUGCUUAACUGUAACACCUAAAGCUUACAAGGAAAGUGCAUCAUGCAGUAUAAGUACACUUAAAAAAAGACACAGACUCCUAAUGGAGGAAGUUAAUCAUCAGGUUGGAAAUUCUAAAGAUUCACAAGUAAUGCAAGCUGCAGUUAUGCUAAAAUCAUUUGAUUACUGUCAAAAAAGAAAAAUUUUGCAAAAUGCUAACAUUGGAAUUGUUCAACUUUCUGCCGAGGAAUUGGUUGCUUUUAAAGCUGACGUAGGGAUACCCUGGAAUAAAUUAAAAACAAUGACUAGAUGGUUAAAUUCAAGAAAUGUCCAGACUGCUUCUAACAGUAAACAAAGAGUUGUUGCAAAGACCUGGGCAAGAGAUGAUCUUAUUGUGUUGGAUGAAAAUUUUACAUUUCAAAAUGAAAAUAUCAAGUGUAGUCUUGAAAUCAAACAUGCUCCUUGGGCAUAUAUAGAUAAUCUACCUAAAAAUAUUGAAAAUAUGCUAAAUAUUCUUGAAAGUUUCAAGUUAAUAAAACAUAAUGGACAACAUUUAGUCUUGUGUAAUAAGAGUUUACCCUUUACAUUAUUAAAAACAAAUAAAACACUUCAAGAUAUAAAAUUCCAAAAACGUAGAGUGCUUGUUUAUUGA